UUGAAUUUGGUCAAGAUUGUAAUAUUGUAGUAAUGUAAUAUUUUUAUAACUUAAGUUAAAAAAUGUUAUAUAAAUUUAAAAAUUACUGUGUUGCUUCCCGCCGAUAUUAUGCAAGAGCAUAUGCGAGUAGUACAACGUUAGUUAUUAAGAGCGAGUUGCCUGGCGGAGCGUAUCGGCCAGAACUUGUUGAAAAAUAUAGAUAUGAACAGUGGGAAAAAGAGGGACUGUUUAAACCAGAGCCUAAAAGCCAUAAGCCGAACUUCAGCAUGGUUCUUCCUCCGCCGAACGUUACCGGAAAGUUGCACUUAGGGCAUGCAUUAGGCUGUACAAUUCAAGAUGUAAUACUGCGAAGGAAAAGAGCUCUGGGACACAAUACUGUGUGGAUUCCUGGUACUGACCAUGCUGGCAUUGCUACACAGGGCGUAGUCGAAAAAUAUCUACUGCACACGAAAAAUAUAAACCGUUAUUACCUCGGACGUAACUCCUUCGUGAACGAAGUGUGGAAAUGGAAGGAUAAACAUGGUGACACUAUCAUGCAGCAACUCAGAAACCUUGGUUGUUCUCUGGACUGGUCCAGACAGCUCUUCACGAUGGACCAAAGGCACACAAACGCAGUCAACAUAGCGUUUAAGAGAUUAUACAACAAAGGUCUUAUCUACAGAAAACAGGCUUUGAUUAACUGGUGCGGGCUUCUGAAGUCAACUGUAUCUGAUAUGGAAAUAAAGGACAUUGAAAUCAGUGGCCCGACAGAUAUGAAGUUGCCAGGGAUGACAACGCCUGUUACAUUUGGCCAGCUGUACAGGUUUGCGUAUAAAAUAUUUGGCACAAACGAUGAGGUAGUUGUGGCCACCACCAUGCCAGAGACGAUGAUGGGUGAUGUUGCGAUUGCAGUGCAUCCUCAUGAUACAAGGUACAAACACCUUAUAGGAAAGCGGGUGUAUCAUCCGUUUAAACAAAGCACACUUCCAAUCAUUUACGAUGAGUUUGUAAAUAUGGAUUUUGGUACGGGUGCUGUCAAAAUAACUCCUGCGCACAGCAAGGUUGAUUACGAAGUCGCCAAACGUCACAAUCUGCCGUUAAUACAGGUUAUAGAUGAAAACGGUGCUAUGAUGAACGCUGAACGAUUCACCGGAAUGCCACGGUACGAAUGUAGAGAACAACUGAUAAAGGGACUCGACGAAUUCGGCUUCAUGAGGGGCAUAGAACCUCACAGGAUGACCUUACCCAGCUGCAGUCGAACAGGCAUGCUGAUCGAAUACUUGCCAAAGGAACAGUGGUUCGUAAACUGCGGCGCACUAAAUAGAAAGGCCAGGGAAGUGGUCGAAAGCGGCCUCUUGCGCAUAGAGCCAGAAAAAUACGUCAAAAACUGGAUAGACUGGUGCAACGAUGAGAGAGAUUGGUGCAUCUCGAGACAGAUAUGGUGGGGGCAUCAGAUACCCGCCUACAAAUGUACUGUCGACGAUCACGAGAUAUGGGUCGUUGCGGACAAUGAGGAACAAGCGAGGAUCCAAGCGUCUAGAAAGUUCCAAUCGCUCCCUGAACAAGUUGUCGUUGAGAGAGACGAAGAUGUAUUGGAUACGUGGUUUUCCUCUGGUAUUUAUCCUUUCGCAGCCAUGGGAUGGCCAGAUGUUACCGAUGAUUUGAAGAAGUUCUACCCUUUAAGUAUGAUGGUGACCGGACAUGAUAUCCUAGGGUUUUGGAUUCACAGAAUGAUCCUUUUGGGGAUGGAGUUAACAGGCCAGCUACCUUUCAAUCAGGUCCUGUUACACGGAGUCAUAUGCGACCACAAAGGCGCUAAGAUGUCGAAAAGCAAAGGAAAUGUAAUCGACCCGGUGGAUGUUAUCAACGGGAUUUCUUUAGAAAAACUGCAGAAAAAGUCUGAACAAAUGCUUACAAAUGGGAUAUUGUCUCAUGACGAAUUGAAAAGCGCUUUAGCGUACCAGAAAGCGAACUUUACUAACACGAGUGGAAUACCUGAGUGUGGUGUGGAUGCUCUAAGGUUCAGUCUUCUAACACAAGACGUCAAAUCCCACUUUGUGAACUUUGACGUGAACGUAUGCCACGCCAACAAGUUGUUUUGCAACAAAAUCUGGCAGAGUAUAAAGUAUGUGCAGAUGUGUUGCUCGAAACUGCCGCUCAUACAGAAUGAAAUCACUCCGUUGGAUCUAACAUACUUCGACAAAUGGAUACUCAGUCGGUUGUCCGAUACUGUGGAUAAGGUGAACCAAAGUAUGGACAACAACGACUUCCAUUUGGCGACAAAGGCGUUACGGAACCACAUCUACAACGAAUUUUGCGAUGUGUACUUGGAAGCGACGAAGCCUGGGUUUGGAGACAACAACCCGAUAACUGGGUACGCUCACGCACACACGCUAACAGCAGUUUUAAACACGGCGCUACGAUGCUUACAUCCAUACAUGAUUUAUUUAACAGAAGAAUUAAUCCCUAAGAUUCCGGCAUUCGAACACAAUAUCAUAUGCAACUACCACGACGAUCCCAAGUGUUUCGACUUUCCGGAGUUCAAGGAUUUUAAAAACUGGAGAGAUGAAAAGUUGGAGAAUAGAGCCAGCAGAGUGCUUGAAGCUACAGCUUUAAUUAGAGAAUUGAAGGGCUUAUGUGGCAUGUCCCACAAGUUGAGACCCGCGAUACAUGUUAAAACCAACGAUGCUACCCUGCAGUCAGAUUUGGCAAAUAACAUUUUAAUAGUUUCAAACUUGGCAAGAUGUUGUGCUGUAAACUUUGAAGAAACCGACCACAGAUAUUACAUCAGAGGACUCUUAGACAAAGAAUCUGAGGUAUGGGUCGAAGUAUUAGGUAACAACGUCGAGAAAGCUAUAUUAGGAGCUAAAUUAAAAUUGCAACAUAAAAUAGAAAAAUUAGAAAGAACCUUAUUGGCGUUAGAAAAACAGUAUUCUACAGAUAAAUACGUGUCCACAGAACCAGAAUGGACCAAAUCAGUGGACAGAGAGAGGCUAAUGUCGAAAAGGGAAGAAUUGAGACAGAUGCAACAAGAUUUAGGAAGGAUAAUCUUUGAUAAAGAUAAGGAUAAUUGAUGAAGUAUGCUUGUGAAUUUGACUAUUUAUUUUUCAGUCUAGUUGGAAAUUAAAAAACAAUUUACAACAA